ACCACACUUCGCCAUUGUCGUUCUCUUUGCAACAACAUCCUUACCUCGCCACCAGCUCUCCUGACAACAGCUUGUUGCUGCCUGCUAUGUCGCGUCGUUUUGGUCGAGCUUUCGUGGAAACUGUGCUACAAAGUUAUUAAAUGGACUAAUGGAGGAUUCAGAAGCAGUAAUAUCUUGCGGGGUUUAGGAGGGUAACAGAGCGGUGUAUGGCUUAUGUUUCUUUUAAUAAUCAAGCGAAGUUAGCUAUGCCAUCAAAUUUCCCUGGUGACGUCUGGCCCAUGCCAAGCGCCUUCUUAUAACGUUCAAAUUUUAAAGCACGAACGUAUUUAAAUUCGUGAUGACACCUCCGCUAUCUCAUACUCCCGCCAAUGUGCUCCAUGGCCGCUUCCACUCUCCUCCGCUGCUUCCGGCUCUCUCCAAUCAAAGCCCUAUUCUUCUAUCGCGUUCUGUUUCACUUCUCUUCAAUAUCCCGACCAAAACCCAGCUGGAAUUCCAACCAAAAUCUCGUUGUCACACACCCAAUCCUUUCAUGCAUGGAGUGCUGCGAUUCCAUGGCCGAGCUAAGGCAAAUCCAAGCGCAGCUCACAAGAACUGGACUUAUCAUCCACCGCUUCCCAGCCAGCCGCGUCCUUGCCUUCUGCGCUCUUUCUGAUAACGGGGACAUGAACCAUGCCCGACUCCUGUUCGAUCGAAUUCCUGACCCAAAUACCUAUAUCUGGAACACUAUGAUCAGGGGAUACAUCAGAUGGGGAUAUCCUCGAGUGGGCCUCUCUUUCUUCUGUGACAUGAAUGCCAAGAAGUUCAAUUUCGAUUGCAGAACAUUUGUGUUCGUGCUCAAAGCCUGUGAGUAUUUAUCAGACUUCUUAUUAGGACAAACGAUCCAUGGUUUAGCGUACAAGUGGGGGAUUAAUUUCGAAAUGCUCGUUCAGAAUGGUUUGAUGCACUACUAUAUAAAGAUGGGCCAGUUAGAUUCUGUAAGAAAAGUGUUUGACGGAAUGGCUGAAAGAGAUGUUGUUUCCUGGACUACCAUUAUAGAUGGGUAUUCUGAAAACGGCCAUUACACCGAUGCAUUGAGGACGUUUCAAUGUAUGUUGACCAUUGGAGUUCAGCUGAAUGCUGUGACUAUGAUCACAAUGCUUUCUGUUUGCUCUCAAACUGGUUUCUUGAAUCUUGGCAGGUCAUUCCAUGGUUAUGUUGAAAAGAGUUUUUUAGGUGAGAACCUUAAUUUGAUGAAUGCCUUGGUGGAUAUGUAUGGGAAAUGUGGAUGCUUAGACUCUGCACGGAGAAUUUUCGAUUGGUUGGAUAUUAAGGAUGUUUUCUCAUGGACUAGUAUGAUGAGUGGGUAUGCCAAAUGUGGAGAUUUGGAACAUGCAAGGAAAUUAUUCGAUAAAAUGCCUGAAAAGAAUGUUGUUUCUUGGAGUAGUAUAAUUGCAGGUUAUGCUCAAGCAAAUCAGUCUGAAGAAGCACUAAACUGUUUCCGUGAGAUGCUCUUAGCUAAUGUGGAACCAAUAACUGCAACUCUUGUGAAUGUGCUUUCAGCUUGCGGUCGAUGUGGUUACUUGGAUCUUGGCAGAUGGAUAUAUGAACACUACAUUGAAAAAAAAGGGUUGAAACUUAGUGUGAAUUUGUCAAAUGCAUUUAUAGAUAUGUAUGCUAAAUGUGGAGCCAUUAAUUUAGCAGCCAAGAUGUUUCAUGAAAUGACAGAAAGGGACAUAGUUUCUUGGAACUCAAUCAUCAUGGGAUAUGGAUUUCAUGGUCAUGGAAGCAAAGCUGUCACCCUCUUCGAGCAAUUAAAAAGAGAAGGUGUGGUUCCUGAUGAUAUAACUUUUGUUGGUGUUCUCUCUGCUUGCGGUCAUGCUGGUUUGGUUUCAGAGGGUCGGAGGUAUUUUUUUGAUAUGAAAGCAGAGUUUGGUAUUGAGCCAAAACCAGUGCAUUAUGCUUGUAUGGUAGAUCUCCUUGGUAGAGUUGGGCUUCUAGAUGAUGCCUAUGAAUUGGUAAGGAAUAUGCCAAUUGAGCUGGAUGAGGCUGGCUGGGGUGCCCUUCUUAAUGCUUGCAAGGUGCAUGGUAAUUUGAAAUUAGGUCAUUAUGCCGGAGAAAAACUUCUAGGAGUGGACCCCGGAGAUAGUGGAGUUUAUACACUUCUAUCAAAUAUGUAUGCAACUUGGAACAAGUGGGAUGAAGUGAAACAGUUGAGGGUGAUGAUGAGGGAUAGGAAAGUUAAAAAGGUUCCAGGCCUCAGCUCAAUAGAGAUUGAAGGGAAGUCUCAUGGUUUCUUUGUUGCAGACAGAUCACAUGUUUGUUCUGAACGUAUAUAUGCAAUAUUGAAUAUGAUUUACAUGCAUUCAAGUGAGAAGGGUACAAACUGUUUCUGAACUUCUCUAGACUUUAUUGGCAUUUAUGUGAUGAUCAAGCAUAGCAAAAUAAAGAGUUUUUUAAGUACAAGGCCAAAAGUUUUUGGCAUUGACAAGCCAAUGCUAGCAUUUGGAUUUCUGGAACUAUGCCUUCCUAAUGCAGGACUCAACCAUGAUGAAUAGGGAAUGAGGAUUUAUAAAAUUGAUGCAAAUAGUUGGAAGAAGACUAAGAUGAUGGCACCUUAUGCGUGCUCUGACGAGAUGGACUGAAUGACUCAGGAGAUACGAAGCUUGUGGCCAUCGGCGGAGUCACGUUGGGAGCACUAGCCACCAUUGGCCUGUGCGAAUAAAUAAAUAUAUAUAUAUAUAAGUCUUAACGAGAUACAUACCAACCUCCUCGCGCAGUCGUGCUGUUCUCCCUCGUCGACGGCUUGUUGUUCUCCCUUGUCUGUGAAUUUUAAGGGACGGGAAUAAACUACAAUUGCGUACAUUACCUAGAGGAGGAUGGCAAUCUCUGAUUCAACUUCAAAUGGAAAUAAACGGAAACAGGGAGGAAGAUGAUGUCUUAAGAUUGAACUUGAACAUCGAGCGAAUUGAAUGAUUCCAAAUGCUAGAGGAAAAAUAAACAUUGUGUGCAGCUUUCAAGUGAUUGUCGGUGACAACUAUGACGGUGUUGGUUACGGCGAAGGCCGUGGGAUGGAGGCAGUGGCGGAGCCAGAAAUUUUAUUCAGG